UAAAAAGCGAAAGUCGCCAGGCGCGAACUAAAACUCAUUCAACUGGAGUAAUCAGCGUGCUCAUCAUCUGAGGACUACCAAGCUGCCUACAUUUCACUAGUGUGUUUCGCUGUGACUAUGGAAAUACCCAAACUGAUUCUGAUCUGCCCCUUGCUGUUGUACCUGGAAGCGUUUUCUCUAACAUCCCCCACUGAUGAUGUGUUUGGGACAUGCACACAGCUGUGCCAGGGACAGAAGGUCAUCGACCACUGUGAAGGUUUAUUGAGACAUUAUGACAAGGGAACAGUAGUGGACCAAGCCAACGUCAUGUUCCUGUGCUGUUUGGGGUACGGUCUUAAUGGUACCGGUAUCCCUUACAAAUCAUACGAAGUAAAGGAACCUGAACUGGAAAAAAUGGCUGACAUAAUGAUGGAGGUCCACGACCGAUAUAUGGCCUACAAGUAUGCAACGUGUAUUCGGGACUGCAGCUCGGGCGCAUUGAAGACUUUGAAAGUGGAUGAGGUCAAAUCGUGUCGGUAUGGUUCACAGAACUGCCCUACUUACAAAUGCCCUGCGUAGGUGAACACAUCGGCCGCAGUCAACCUAACGUUACCAUUGUCUGUCGUGAAAUGUGGAUCGUAUCGUGGUCAUCACGUGACGCUACAGUUAUGACAUUGUGUCAAGCGUCAAAAUGACGUGUCGCCCUGCCCCCGAUCGGUGUCCACCAUUCCGGAGAUGUAGCCGCCGCCAUCGCCGCCGCACCACAUGAAGAUCGUGUUGUCCUAACCAACUACUGACCAGUACUCUCUAACAAAUGUAACACCUGGACCUAAAGCAAUAUCGCAUGUAAACAGCGCAGAGACCUGUGACCUAACUGUGUAGCUCAGUGCGCGUUACUUCAUGUACCAUAGCUGUAGUGCGUCCGUCACUGUAACACCGUAUCCUUAUUGUUUUACAAGAAAAGCACACCUAGACAAGAUUAAACUUUUUUAUAUGGUAUAUGAUAACAUCCCCACAUAUUCAAGUGUUACACGCUAUUUGCAGGCUUUGUUUCUGUUCCAUAACAUUUUUAGUUACAGUGUGACUUCUACGUGUGUCUGUAGGAAGUCUUCUCUGUGUGUUAUCAGAUGUGUUCUGUUAAGGAUUCUAUGACUCUCUUUGGUGAACGUUUUCCACACCCCACCCCCCAAGUGACAGAGAAGUAACAAAGUUAACAUCCCGUUUAAAAUCAACAUUUCAUUUCAAGUUUUGAAGGUCCUUAUCAACAAUCAUUGUACGCGAGUCCUUGUCCGUACCACUGUUUUAAUGCUUAAAAUACGCCAUUACAAGAAUACAAAAGAAGACAGGUAUACUCCUGGUUAGUACUUGAGUACUUGGUGAGUGUGUGUGUUGAGUUCCAUGUUCUGCUGGAUCACAGGUGUGUGCAUAUACUAUGGCAUCAGAUUAACUACCAUAGUCUUAAUGACCCUUCCGCUCGGAGUUGAGCUGACUACUCCCUAUUACUUACAUCUCGGCCAGUCCACUCAUCAACACGUGAACACACCCCUGCCACGUAGGUUCAUGACAGUCUCUAGCACUUCCAGAUAUGUGUCAAGAGAAGUAGUGGUGAAACAUCAAUUACCUCAACAAUAUCCUUUCAUCCCCUUGAAAAGGUACUGACAGGGACGACAGUAUACACCUUGCAGCAUGCUUCGCCUGCCAAAGUCUAGAUUAUUAUAAUGUGGGAUGUUUCACUUAUGGUCCCUCCCAGUCUCCACAGUCAAAGGGAAACAAUCUCUGCGACCGUUUAUCCUUUGAUAUAGGUUAGUUUUAGCUGGAUGAAGUCUUGUGGAAGUGCAAUUAUUUAUGAACCAAGUGCUCUUUGUAAAAUAUAUGUCCUACCUGUUUGUGUGUGUACCGAUAUUAAACAAUGUAUUUUAUACUAACGUCUGUACAUAUAACAUGUCUAAAAUAACCAAAGCCAGUACUGAAUGUAAAAAUAUUUAUGAAUAAAGUUUUCACUUUUCA